AUGCUCAGGGCGCUCAAAUUCACCCUCUGGUCUGAGAUUAUCUGGGUGUUUGAUGGGACUACGACGCUCGGCAGGACCAACAGGCUUGCAAACUGGUCGCUCGAACUCACCCUCCGGAUAAAGGUUAUCUUCAUGUCUUAUGAUGUCGGUGCGUUCGCCCCGAGUGACGUUGUAAUCAUCACGACGACGAAUAUCGAUGAACUCACCCUCAAUUUUAAGAUUAUCUUCUCUGCGCACAACAUCCACGCGUUCCAUUCUUGUUGUUUUCAUUCAUCCUUAGGUGAAGCGUCGAAAGUGCCUUCUGGUUUGAGGUUGUCCUUUGGUUUCUUCUGGACCGGUCGUUCAACGCGUUUUGGAGUAAAAUCAUCUUUCGGACGACCUUCAAAAUCGCCUUCCGGAUGCAAAUUGUCUUCAUGGCGAAUUGGUUUGCGUCUUUCUCCAGGACCUACUGGUGACUUAACGGGUCUAUCGAACUCUCCUUCCGGCCGCUUCUUAACAACUGGUCUCUCAGCUGGUCUGAAUUCUUCAUGCUCCGGUCGUUCAAAGUCACCUUCAGGCUUCAGAUUAUCAGAAUGUUUUAUUGGCUUCCUACGUUCACCAGGACCUAAAGUCACCUUCUGGCUUCAAGUUGUCUUGAGGCUUUUUAACAACAGGUCUUUCAGCGGGUCUAAAUUCAUCAUGUUCAGGCCUCUCAAAGUCACCUUCAGGUUUCAAAUUAUCGGCAUGUUUAAUCGGCGACCGACGCUCACCAGGCCCAACAGGUUUCUUCUCAGGUCGCUCGAAGUCUCCUUCAGGUUUCAAAUUAUCCUGGGGCUUUUUAACAACUGGUCUCUCAGCUGGUCUAAACUGUUCAUGUUCUGGUCUCUCAAAUUCACCUUCAGGUCUCAAGUUGUCAGCAUGUUUUAUAGGACCUACAGGUUUCUUUUGAGGACGAUCAAAUUCUCCUUCAGGCUUGAGAUUAUCUAUAGGCUUCUUAAUAUCCGCACGAUCUCCUUUUUUGGGUGCUUCUUCUUUGGGUCUCCUGACGAAGUCUCCUUCGGGUUUCAGAUUAUCAGCAUGCUUUAUAGGAGUUCUUCUUUCACCAGGACCAACUGGUUUGUGUUCUGGUCGCUCGAACUCGCCUUCAGGCCUGAGAUUAUCUUCUGGACGCUUAAUUUCCGGUCUCUCAGCUCUUUUUGGAGUGUAAUCAUCCUUUGGAUGCCCUUCGAAUGUUCCUUCGAGUCGCAAAUUGUCCUCAUGUCUUACUAUAUCAGCACGUUCACCACGGACGACUUUAAAAUCAUCUCGGGUUCUUGUAUCAGUAAACUCGCCUUCCAUCCGCAAGUUAUCUUGGUACUUGGUGAUUUCAACUCGUUCACGAUGUACAUAAUCAACGUAGUCGUCUCGAGAUCUGUAUACUUGGAAAUCGCCCUCUGGCGCCAAAUUGUCUUGAGGUUUCACAACAACUGGUCGCUCAGCCGGUCUGAAUUGUUCAUGUUCUGGGCGUUCGAACUCGCCCUCAGGUUUCAAAUUGUCAGCGUGUUUUAUCGGACCAACAGGCUUGCAAACUGGUCUUUCAAAAUCACCUUCAGGUUUCAAAUUAUCCUGAGGUUUCUUAACAACUGGCCUUUCAGCCGGUCUAAACUGUUCAUGUUCCGGCCUCUCAAAUUCACCUUCAGGUUUCAAAUUGUCAGCAUGCUUAAUUGGCGAUCUACGUUCACCUGGACCAACCGGCUUCUUAACAACUGGCCUUUCAGCUGGUCUGAAUUCUUCAUGCUCCGGCCUCUCAAAUUCACCUUCAGGUUUCAAAUUAUCAGCAUGUUUUAUAGGCGAUCGUCGUUCUCCAGGACCAAUAGGUUUCUUAUCAGGACGUUCAAAGUCACCUUCUGGUUUAAGAUUAUCUUUAGGUCUUUUAAUAUCUGCUCGUUCACCUUUCUUAGGUGCUUCUUCCUUGGGUCUCCUGACGAAGUCUCCUUCGGGUUUCAGAUUAUCAGCAUGCUUUAUAGGAGUUCUUCUUUCACCAGGACCUACCGGUUUGUGUUCUGGUCGCUCGAACUCGCCUUCCGGCCUAAGAUUAUCUUCUGGACGCUUAAUUUCCGGUCUUUCAGCUCUUUUUGGAGUGUAGUCAUCCUUGGGACGACCUUCGAAUGCUCCCUCGGUUCGCAAAUUGUCCUCAUGUCUUAUAAUAUCAGCACGUUCUCCACGGACCACUUUGAAAUCAUCUCGAGUUCUCGUGUCAGUAAACUCUCCUUCCAUCCGCAGAUUAUCUUCGUACUUAGUAAUCUCUACACGUUCACGAUGAACAAAGCCUACAUAAUCAUCUCGAGAUCUGUAAGUCUGCAUAUCACCUUCGGGCAUUAA